AUGUCAAAUUACUACGGCGGCGGCCCCGCCCAGCCAAACCCCGGCCUCCAGUUCUACCAGUCCAACUACGCACAACCAGUAUCUGGCCACGCGACCCCAUCACAAGCAUCCUACGGCUAUGGCGGUCCCUCCUCCGGCGGCUUCGGCAGCAGCUUCACCUCUGGCUUCGCCGGCGCCCCAGGAGUAUCAGGCCGCAUGGACGAGCAAGGUGGGCUAAGAACAGGCUGGCUCGCCGCCUUUUCAACAGAGGGGUACGACGGGGAGCCGCCCUUGUUGGAGGAGUUGGGGGUAUCAUUCACAAAGAUCCAGCGCAAGACCUUCGCCGUCCUAAACCCCUUCUCCCGCGUAGACCAACACCUAAUGGACGACUCCGACCUCGCCGGUCCCUUCGGAACCUUCCUCAUGCUCUCCGGCUCCGUCCACUUCGGCUUCAUCUACGGCCUCGCCGUCCUCGGCUCAGUAUCCCUCCACACAAUCCUCUCCCUCAUGGCACCCCCCGUCGACCCCUCCACCGCCGUUCCCUCCGCCCCCGGUCAAUCAUCCUACCCCGGCGUGCCCGUCCACCACCACUCCCAGUCCCAAUCCGGUGCCACGACCACAUUGACGUUUGCCCGAUCCGCCUCGGUACUGGGGUACUGUCUCCUCCCACUGGUAGCCACCUCCCUAGUCGGAAUCGUCAUGCCCAUGGCGACACCGCUCGGGAUUUUCUUGACUACCUUGGCGGUGUUAUGGAGCAGUUAUGCCGCCAGUGGAAUCUUUUGCUCGGUGGGGGGGAUGAACAGGCAGAGGUUUUUGGUGGCGUAUCCGUUGGCGUUGUUUUAUGUCGGGUUUGGGAUCAUGGGCGUUUUUAGUAGCAGGGGGGGGAAGGCAGGGAAGGCGUAG